UAUUCCCGAUACGAAGAGACCCACGACCAGUUUCAUCGGCUCCUCAACUCGAUAUCCACCUUGAGGAGUAACUUUCAUACCCAAGAUACCAAAAUGAGUGGAAGAGUAAUAAAUUUCGGGGCUGGACCUGCCAAACUCCCACAAGAGGUGCUGAAAGGAGUUCAGGAGGAGCUUCUGUCCUUCGGGAAUACUAAAGUCAGUAUUUUAGAGCUCAGCCACAGGUCUGGAGACUUUGCUAAAGUUAAUCAAGCCACUCAGGAUCUCGCCAGAGAACUCCUACACAUUCCCAGUAAUUACAAAGUUCUGUUCAUGCAAGGAGGAGGUACUGGACAAUUCGCUGCUGUACCCCUGAACCUCAUCGGCAAAACUGGAACCGCUGAUUACUUGGUCACAGGAUCUUGGUCUGCAAAAGCGGCUAAGGAAGCAGCGAAAUACGGAAAAGUGAACCAUGUUCUUCCAAAAACAAAUUCAUACACUGAAAUACCUGAUCGUGCAACUUGGAAACUCGACCCCAACGCAUCUUACGUGUAUUAUUGUGCUAAUGAAACGGUUCAUGGUAUUGAAUUCGAUAACAUCCCUGAAACCAAUGGAGUUCCACUAGUUGCUGAUAUGUCCUCCAAUAUUUUAACGAGAAAGCUUGACAUUUCCAAGUUCGGAGUGAUUUAUGCAGGAGCCCAAAAAAAUAUUGGGCCCUCUGGAGUAACUCUUGUAAUCGUCAGGGAGGAUCUCCUUGGAAAGGCACUUCCAGUCUGCCCUUCAGUUCUUGAUUACACAAUUAUGGCUAAUGAUAAUUCUCUCUACAACACCCCACCGACAUUCCAAAUUUACGUGGUGGGACGUGUGUUCGGUUGGAUAAAACAACACGGUGGGGUUGAGGGAAUGGAGAGACUCUCCUUGAUCAAAAGCAAAUUAAUCUACGACGUAAUAGAGAAGUCCAACGGGUUUUACAGCUGUCCAGUGAAGUCCAACUCCAGGAGCAGAAUGAAUCUGCCCUUCAGGAUUGGAAAGAAUGACGAGGAAUUGGAGGUGAAAUUUCUAGCUGGAGCUGCUGAGCGAGGAAUGUUGCAGCUGAAAGGUCACAGGUCUGUCGGAGGCAUCCGGGCUUCUCUCUAUAACGCUGUGUCUGUUCAAGAUGCUCAGGAUCUUGCCGAUUAUAUGAUGGAAUUCUUCAAGGCCAAUUCUCAAUAAACCCACAUUGAGAUAAAUGCAAUGCAAUAAUUGCAGAAAUAUUGAUAUCUUCAAUCAAUUUUGAGAUAUUAACUCAAAAGUGAUCUCGAAGAAAAUCCCUUCAUCUUAAAUAAAUAAUUGUAAUAAUUGGAAUUUAAUAACGAGGGUAAAUCAAUAUUUUUGGAAAAUAUUAAUACUUUAUAUGAAUGCAGUAAUUAUUAUCUCAUGAAAUGUUUUCUAUGAAAAAUAAACCCGUUACUGUUUUAUCAA